AUGACAAAAGAGACCACACCACCGCCUCAGCAAUCCACAGCUCCCACCCACGAACCUCCCUCUCUCCCCGCCUCUCCCCUCGCCAAACGAACAAAACCCGACUCCAACAGCACAGCCAACACCAACAAGAUGACCACCGCCCUCCCUCCCCUCCUCGUCAAGAAACUCACCGAGUCCGCACAAGCACCCAGCCGCGGGUCCGCCUUCGCCGCAGGCUACGACCUCUACAGCGCAAAGGAGACUGUCAUCCCGGCCAAGGGUAAAGCCCUGGUUGACACUGGGCUUGCGAUUGCCGUGCCUGAGGGGACAUCACUUCAUCGAUACCGGGCGGGCGUCAUUGAUGCUGAUUACCGGGGUGAGGUGAAGGUGCUGUUGUUUAAUUUCUCGGAUGUGGAUUUUACGGUUAAGGUGGGGGACCGGAUUGCGCAGCUUGUGCUUGAACGGAUCUAUACGCCCGAGGUGAUGGUCGUGGAGGAAUUGGAGGAGAGCGUCCGUGGGGCGGGUGGGUUUGGAAGCACGGGUCUUUAA